CCUUUCUGGUGUUCAAGAUGUCAAAGCAAGGAUGUGGUGGGUCCUCUGGUGUGAAAUUCCGGAUUUCUCUGGGUCUUCCAGUAGGAACUGUGAUCAACGGUGCUGACAACGCAGGAGCUAAAAAUCUGUAUAUCAUAUCUGUGAAGGGGAUCAAGGGACAACUGAACAGACUUUCUGCUUGGGGUGUGGGUGACAUGGCGAUGGCCACAGUGAAGAAAGGCCACCCAGAGCUCAGAAAGAAGGUACAUCCAGCAGUGGUAAUUCGACAACAAAAGUCGUAUCAGAGAAAAGAUGGUGUGUUUCUCAAUUUUGAAGAUAAUGUGGGGGUCAGAGUAAACAAUACAGGUGAAAUGAAACGUUCUGUUAUCAGACCAGUUGCAAAGGAGUGUGCACACUUGUGACCCAGGAUUGCAUCUGAUGCUGGCAGCAAUGCAUGAUUCUUUGGUGUAUUUGUUUAAAAAGAUUUUUUUUAAAUUAUUUGCUCCC